ACUGUAAACUGUCGUUACAAUUUUACUUAAAUAAUAACAGUGACUUGCACCGACCGAACAAGAAGAUUAGGUAUCUACAUUAAAUUUUGUCACAGUGGUAUUAACCAUGGAUACAAUGGAUACAAUGGAUCAAGAUAUAUUGACAGUAUUAAAACUUUUAAUGAUAGGUGAAUCAAAUGUUGGAAAAUCAAGCAUCAUACUUAGAUUCACUGAGAAUGAAUUCUUCGAUUAUAUGCAGAGUACAAUCGGUAUGGAUUAUAAAACUAAACAGAUUACAAUCGAUGGCAAUACAGUGAAACUUGCUAUAUGGGACACUGCUGGACAAGAACGUUUCCGGACGUUAACACCUAGUUAUUAUAGAGACGGUCAAGGUGCUAUAUUGGUGUACGACGUUACGAACAGAAUUACUUUUAUGAAGUUAGAAACAUGGCUUAACGAAUUAAAUACCUAUUGUAAUAAAACGGAUAUCGUUAAAAUGGUAGUCGGUAAUAAAAUAGAUUUACCAAAUAGAGAAGUAAGCACAGAGGAAGGGUUACAGUUUGCUAGAAGACAUCAAACUUUAUAUAUCGAAAGUAGCGCCAAAACGUCGGAUGGAAUUAAAUGUUGUUUCGAAGAACUUGUACAAAAGAUAAUACAAACACCAGGCCUGUGGGAUCGACACGCGCUUCUUAAAUCGUAUGGUAAUGGUAACAUGGGAGGUAUAAGACACAGAGGUCACAGAGGGCUACGAGUUCCAAGCGAUUCCCAAUCUGUCGAUCUAUAUUCAAACUGUUCUUGCGAUCUGCUUUAACUAAUUGUGAUAUAAAAUUCAGCCGACGAUACAUAUGAUGAAGUUAUAACUUCAAAUAUAAGAAUUAUAAUGAAAAAUAUGCAUAAUAAUACAGCACGUUAAUGUUUUACGUACGUCGUGGAAAGAAACGUUUUACACAUGUAUGAAAGAUAUAUGAGUUUGCUUUUACUAAUUAAAUUUUAUAUAGGUAUUUGUGAUAGUAAAUUUUUAUUCGUGUAAAUAUAUCUUGCAUACAUGCAUAGUUCGAUGAUUAAUAAAUAUCGACAGAACUUCGUUGAUAUCCCGGGCAGAUGUUGUAUUAUUAACUUCUAAUCGAUGGCAUUUUUGUAUAAGCGUUUACAUAUUUUCUAAAUUAUAAGUAACAGACAUCAACAACAAAUAAAUAAGUUUCAGU